AUGUUGUACUCUUUAUCAGCUCUUCCUCAUAUUAUCAUCAUGUCAGCAGAAUUUAUCACAAGGAUUACAGUAAAUGGAUUUCUUGUCAUCAUGAACUGUAAUGAACUGAUGAAAAGUAGAAAGCUAACAUCGAUACAACUCCUCAUGUUGUGUAUGGGGAUGUCUAGACUUGGUCUGCAGAUGGUGUUAGUGGUACAAAGUGUUUCCCCUGUGUUCUUUCCAGUCUUCUAUCGGACAAACAUUCAUGGUAAAGCGAUGCUAUUUCUUUGGAUGUUUUUAAAUUCUGUCAGUCUCUGGUUUGCCACUUGCCUUUCUGUAUUUUACUGCCUCAAGAUUUCAGGCUUCACUCAGUCCUAUUUUCUUUGGUUGAAAUUCAGGAUCACAAAGUUAAUGCCGUGGCUGCUUUUGGGAAGCUUGGUGACCUCUGUGAGCAUUGCAGCUCUAUGUAUUGAGCUUGAUUACCCUAAAAAUGUAGAUGAUGACGUACUCAGAAAUGCUACGCUGAAGAAGACCAAAGUCACGAUAAAGCAAAUCAAUGAAGUGCUACUUGUCAACUUGGCAUUAAUAGUCCCCCUAGCCAUAUUUGUGAAAUGUACUUUUAUGCUCUUCAUCUCUGUUUUCAAACACACCCAUCGGAUGCAAAACAGAGCUCAUGGUUUUAGAAAUGCUAGCACUGAAGCCCACAUAAAUGCAUUAAAAAUGGUGAUAACAUUCUUUUGCUUCUUUAUUUCUUAUUUUGCUGCCUUCAUUACAAACAUGACAUUUAGUAUUCCUUAUGGAAGUCAGUGGUUCUUUGUGCUAAAAGACAUAAUGGCAGCAUAUCCCUCUGGCCAUUCACUUAUAAUAGUUUUAAGUAAUUCUAAGUUCCAACAGCCAUUCAGGAGAAUUCUCUGUCUCAGAAAGAAUUGA